AUGAAUUAAAAACAAGAAUAUAUAUGUUUCGAUUUAUAUAGAUUUUGUAUAGAGAGGCAGAAACCCUAGGUAGGAAAGUAGAGUACUAGCGGUAAGGAAAAGUAAAGUGCGAUGGAGUUGGAUAUGGAGAUACUGAAGAAAUUCCUUGGCUGUAAAGAUGGUCUAAUGAAAAAAAACUUGAUAUUCUCGCCAUUGUCAAUAAACAUUUUGAUGAGUAUGGUUGCUAAUACACUGAAAGAAGGGCCUGAGUUGGAGAAAUGGUUGUCCCUUUUGGGAUCCAAAACCAUAGCCGAUCUCAACGCAAACUACACCUCUGAUAUUCAACAACUCACUGAUUAUUGCAACACCGAUGAAGGCCAUCCUAAAUUUUCUUUAGUUAAUAGCUAUUGGAUUGACAAGAAAUUCAAACUAGACCCUUCUUGCGAGCUAUUACUCUCAACGGUAUACAAAUCUAAGGUCUCCAAUCAUCUAGAUUUUAAAAACAAGGGAAGGGAAGCAAUAUACGAGAUCAAUUCUUGGGCAGAAGAAAACACCAAAGGGCUUAUCAAAAAUCUUCUCAAGUAUAACCCAGACACAACUAAACUAACCAUAGCAAUUCUCGCAAACGCACUCUACUUUAAGGGUGUUUGGCUUGAUCAAUUUGACCCUUCAAGAACUCUCAUAGAAAAAUUCUACACACUCAACGGCGAUGUGAUUCAAGUUCCAUAUAUGACCCAUAAUUUUUCACUGAGUGGUUGCUACGCACCAUUCGAUGAGUUUAACGUUCUACAGUUGCCCUAUGACAAUCCUUCUUAUGGAAAAGGACUGACAUUUGCCAUGUACAUUUUCUUACCGAAAGAGAAUGAUGGGUUAUUGAACUUAAUGAGUCUCUUUGGUUCAAACCCAAAAGAUUUUCUAACUCAAAAAUUUAAGUUUAAUCCCAUAUAUUAUAUUGGAAAAUUACGGAUACCCAAAUUCAACUUCAAUUAUAAAUUUGAAGUUUCGAAGACUAUGAAGGAGUUGGGAUUGAGUAUGAAUGCACAAGCAAAAUUACUUCCUUUCAGUGAUGAGACAGUAAAGAAAGUUUAUCACAGUGCUUGUAUUGAAGUUAAUGAGAAUGGAACUGAAGCUUCAGCAGUUACUUAUGAGGAUGACAAUUGUGGAUGUUGUAUGUAUUCUCCACCCAAAAAGUACGUAGAUUUUGUUGCUGAUCAUCCAUUUUUCUUCAUGAUAAGGGAGGAGAAUUCAAGAAGACCAAUCUUUUUCGGAGUUGUGGUAAAUCCACUCCUAGCUAAAUGAACAAAUUAUUUAGCUUUCUUUCUCCAGCUAUUUGGAAAGGUAAUUUGAUGUUUUAGUGUUUCAAAUUUGGGUCCAUAUAUGUUUAUCAAAAAGACAAUUUGUGUCUAUGUUUUUGUUUAAGAAAUUAGUUUUGUCGAUAUAUUUUCUUUAGAAAUAAACAUCUACUAUUUAUGAUCUU